ACCGCGCUGUGUGAAAGAGACUGGGUACUAAAGAUACAAUUCAGUGAUCAUACAAGAAGAAUCCAGUGGGUUGUUUUUUCGCGGAAGUGAAAGUACCUUGCGUGUUUCUUCGCUUUAUGUUUUUGCGCGUAGAGAAGAGUACGUAAGGAACACUAGGGGAGUUAAAAUGUUUAAGGGCAUGUAUUUUUCAAGAGGUUACCGUCUUUUACGCCAUGGAUUACAUCAGAACAGGUUUCUCAAGAACGCGACGAUCAGAAUGCUUCAUGGAGGCGGCUCGGUACGCGAAGCUCUUGAACAACUGAGAGAUAUUGCAGUAACUCCAGAGCAAACAGACCUUUACAAAGAAGCGAUAAAGAUAUACAACCCUGCUUACAGUUACGAACACCCCGCCUUUGUAGCCUUACCUAAUAAUGCUGAUGACAUUAAGCGUUGUCUGCAAAUCGCCAACAAGACUGGGACCCCAGUGGCUGUCAAAUCCGGGGGACACUGUUUCGCUGGAUAUUCCACCACUGACAGUAACGGAUUUGUCAUCUCUCUUAAGAAUAUGAAUCAUGUUCAAGUUAAGGGAGACAUGACAACUGUACAAGCUGGAGCAUGUUGGGGAGACGUGUAUUCAGCGCUAGAUGAUACCGGCUAUGUCGCAGUGGGAGGGUGCGUUCCUGCUGUGGGGAUUGGGGGGUACAUUCUUGGGGGUGGCUACAGUAUGUUGUCACGUGGGCAUGGUGGCCUGGCAUGUGACAAGGCCAUGUCUUUUACCAUGGUUACAGUUGAUGGAAGUAACCUUGUGAAAGCAUCAGCUGAGGAAAAUCAGGACCUCUUUUGGGCCUUAAAAGGAGGGGGAGGUGGCAAUUUUGGAAUCUUAGUUGAUGUCACUCUAGAAGUGUGUCCGCGACCAAAUCAAUUCAUCUGGAAUCGUCUCAUUUAUAGCACCACUGAUGAAAGUGAGCGAGGGCGUAAUGCAGUCGGUGAGAAUCUAAGCAAGUUUCCUAAAGAGCUCAAUCUUGACUUCGCCCUUCAUGGUUAUUUUGGCAAGAAGACCCUGACCCUGGAUGCUGUGUACUCUGAUAUCCAUGAAGACAAAGUACAAGCAAGCCUCAAAAAUCUCCACCCAACAACAGAAACACAACCUCAGGUGUUUACCUCGUAUCUGCAGUUUUCAACUGAAUACAGCCGACGCCAUGGCUUUGUUCAUCAAGAAGUAGAACCCAUUUACGUCAAGGGUGUAAUGAUUGAAUCAUUGCCUCCACCUCUAGCAAAAUAUUUUACCCAUAUCGAUAUUCCUUCAGAAUGUCUUCUUGAGUUUGUUCACAUGGGUGGCGAUAUUGCACAGCAUUUUUCAACGUCCACUGCUUUUCCAUUCCGCUCUGCACAGUACAGCUUCUAUACGUAUGGUAGGUUUCAUGACCCUGUUCAGAGAGAAGAGGUAACAAAGUUUGCUACAUCAACAUAUAAUGCCGUGAGAGAAUCUGGAUGCUCUCUUGGUAGUUAUGUGAACUAUAUGGACCGAGAUCUAAAGAACUGGGGUGAGAAUUUCUAUGGUAUAAAUUACCCACGCCUUUGUGAAAUCAAGAACAAAUGGAAUCCUCUUGGGCAUGGGUCCUUGCACUUUCAACAGGAAAUUGGUUCCUCUUGGGAGCCUUGAUCUUCUGUUUUCCUUUGUGAUUUAAUUGUUAAUUACGUAGUGAACAUAUGACAGACACAGCAUAAAUGGUGGUUGAAGUUGAAACAUGAAAUGAUCUCUACAGUGUAAAAACAGCCAGAUCAGAAAGAGCAAACACUUUAAGAGUGAGGACAAUGUAAAAAGGUUAAUCUUUCAAAAGUAGCUAAGAGUAUAUCUGAGGCAUGAAUUUUGUUAAAAUGUGUGCAUGAAAUGGAAUCACAACCCCCCUUUCCUACCCUAAAAUGUCUGGGAGAGAUCAAUUAAUUAUUAUUGAAUUUGCCAAAAAAUUGUCACAGGCAUGGAUGAUUCUAUUGCUCCAUCAAAUGUAAGAACAUAGGUUUUUAAUAGAUUUUUAAUUAUUGUAUAUUUUAGAGGGCCACAUGUUUAUUAGCUGUAUAACUAUUAGGUGUUUUACCAUCUAUAAAUAAAGAUUGAUUGAUUGA